CUUCUUCCGGUUACUGGUCUUGUGAUUCUGCAGGCUCCGCCUCCGUAGUGAUGUCACCGGGAGAGGCUAAGUCUGAGUUGGGAAACUGAAGAGAAUCCCCCACAGCGAUGGCGGGGGACGCACCCCAGGUGGAGAGCAGAGAGGAUGAGGAGCAGAGCAUCAAGCUGGCUGAGAUCCUGGAGCUUCUGGUGGCCGCUGGGUACUUCAGGGCCCGGAUUAAAGGCCUGUCCCCGUUUGACAAGGUGGUCGGUGGGAUGACGUGGUGUAUCACCACCUGUAACUUUGAUAUAGACGUGGAUCUGCUGUUCCAGGAGAACUCGACAAUCGGGCAGAAGAUAGCGUUAACAGAAAAAAUCGUGUCCGUUUUGCCUAAAAUGAAGUGUCCUCACCGGCUGGAGCCGCACCAGAUCCAGGGCCUGGACUUCAUCCACGUGUUCCCCGUCGUUCAGUGGCUCGUGAAACGCGCCAUCGAGACGAGGCAAGAAAUGGGAGAUUAUAUCCGCUCGUACUCCGUCUCCCAGUUCCAGAAGGAGCACAGCCUGCCCGAGGAUGAAGAGUUUGUGCAACGCAGAGAGAGGGCCCUUCAAACGCUCCACGAGACCUUUGAAAUCUACAAACCACGGCGGAGAUACAAGCGGCAGGGAGACGCCGCCGGCCUCACCGAUGAGGAGUCCCGUGUCCAUUCCACUUUACUGGAGUACGGCAGGAGAUACGGUCUCAGCAAACAGAACAAAGCAGAAAAGGCAGAAGAUCGCAAGGUGUCCGUACCAUCAGGACUGGCCGGGAAAGGGAGCUCGCGGGAGGAAGAUGAUCUGCAUGCGCAGGAGGAACUAAGGAUAAAAACCUUGAUGGGUGAUAUGGCCGCCAUGAACACGGAGGAGGUGCGUCUGGCUGCGAGUACCGUGGGGCAGAUCGUGGGGCUGCAGUCUGAUGAAAUUAAACAGAUGGUGUCGGAAUAUGCAGAGAAGCAGUCGGAGCUGAGCGCAGAGGAACGUCCGGAGAACCUGGGAGCCGCGCAGCAUCAUCUCCGCAAAGUGACCGCUCUGAAGAAGCAGAUUGUGCAGAGAAGCAAGGUUCUAGAGCAGAUCAAAGUAAAAUAUUCGGAUCUCCAGGCCGCCUGCAGUGAAGCAAAGAAGCAGCUGGCGGAGGUCGCCGCUUACAGAGAGAACCUCGAUCAGGAACUUUCAGCCCUGGAGAGAGAGGAGUCCGAGGCGGACCCCAGCGUCCUGCAGAACCUGCGCGAUUUGGUGGCCAUGAAUGAAACGCUGAAGCUCCAGGAGCAGCAGUUCCGCUCCCACUGCCGGGAGGAGAUGUCUCGGCUGCAGCAGAAUAUUGAAAAUUUGAAAUCAGAAACUGCAGAAAACGAGGAAGAAAAGGAGCGCUCGCUGGUGCUGGAGCAGCAACACAAGUCGGAACGAGAUAAACUGCAGAAAAUCCGCCUCCUGCUGGCUCGGAGGAACCGAGAGAUCGCCGUCCUGCAGAGGAAAAUCGACGAAGUUCCGAGCCGCGCCGAGCUGACCCAAUACCAGAAGAGGUUCAUAGAGCUGUAUGGACAAGUGUCCGCGACCCACAAAGAGACGAAGCAAUUCUUCACUCUGUACAACACGCUGGACGAUAAGAAAGUGUAUUUGGAGAAGGAGGUGAAUUUACUAAAUUCGAUUCACGACAAUUUCCAGCAGGCCAUGUCGUCCUCCGGCACUCGGGAGCAAUUCCUCAGGCAGAUGGAGCAGAUCGUGGACGGGAUCCGGCAGAACAGGAAUAAGAUGGAGAAGAAGAAGCAGGAGAAUAAGAUGAGGAGAGACCAGCUGAACGACGAGUAUCUGGAGCUGCUGGAGAAGCAGAGACUCUACUUCAAAACGGUCAAAGAAUUUAAAGAGGAAUGCAGGAAAAACGAGACUCUUCUCACCAAACUGAGAGAGCGAAACGCGUAACGCUGUCUACUAACCGGAUCAUGUGACGGGCGCUCACCCAGCAGAGACUAACCAGCCAAGUCUGUCUCCUGAAUGGAUAUAGAGGGGCCCUGGUCCAUUUUACAUGACACAUUACCGCUGCGGUUUCUUAGUAUGUGAAAGGAUUGCAGUAACGGGCUGGAAUUUUUGAUUGCAAAAUAAAAUUAGGAAUAAUUUUA